GGCGGGGUCAGCGCCGGGCCCGGGGGUUGGAUCGGGGGCGGAGACGUGUGUCGAGCCGCCCAAACAUCCUAUAGCGGAGCCGCCCUCUCCCACUGCCUCCGCACCAUGAACCAGCUGGACGCUGUCGUGAUCGUUACUGCCGUGCGCAGCCCCAUCGGUUCCUUCAAUGGGUGUUUUUCGAGUCUGGAUGCCCAUCAACUGGCCUCAGUGGUGAUAAAGGAAGCCCUGAAGAAAGCAAAUGUACAACCAGAAGAUGUGUCUGAAGUGAUUUUAGGGCAGGUUUUAACUGCAGGCCAAGGACAGAAUCCGGCCCGGCAGGCCAGCGUUGGUGCAGGAAUCCCCUACCACGUGCCGGCGUGGAGCUGUCAGAUGGUGUGUGGCUCUGGCCUGAAGGCGGUCUGCCUGGCCGCGCAGGCCAUCCUGACCGGGAGCUCCGACAUCGUGGUUGCCGGAGGCAUGGAGAGCAUGAGCAAGGCUCCACACUUGGUGCAGAUGAGAGCCGGGCACAGAAUGGGCGACGUGCCCCUUCGGGACAGUCUGCUGUGCGACGGGUUGAUGGACGCCUUCCACAGUUACCACAUGGGAAUCACAGCCGAAAACGUGGCCAAGAUAUGGGAUGUGAGCCGGGAAGCCCAGGACCGUUUCGCUCUGCAGUCACAGGAGAAGACGGAGAUGGCACAAAAGGCAGGAUAUUUCAGGAAGGAAAUUGUCCCCGUUUCUGUCGCAUCCCGGAAAGGCUCUGUUGAGGUGGUGGAAGAUGAAUUUCCCCGCCACGGGAGCAGCUACGAAACCAUAUCAAACCUGAAGCCGUACUUUUUAACUGACGGGACUGGGAGUGUCACUUCUGGUAAUGCUUCCGGUAUAAAUGAUGGGGCUGCAGCUGUGAUUCUGAUGAAGGAGUCGAUGGCCCAGGAGAGAGGUCUGACACCAUUGGCACGCAUUGUUUCCUGGGCACAGGCUGGCUUGGACCCGGCUAUUAUGGGCACCGGUCCUAUCCCAGCAAUAAAGAAAGCGGUGGAGAAGGCUGGAUGGAAGCUGGAUACAGUCGACCUGUUUGAAAUUAAUGAAGCUUUUGCAGCACAGUCGGUUGCUGUUGUUAAGGAGCUGGGUUUGAGCCCAGACAAGGUAAACAUCCAAGGCGGCUCAAUUGCACUGGGCCAUCCGCUGGGAAUGUCUGGCUGCAGGAUCCUCGUCACGCUCCUGCACGCGCUGGAGAGGAUGGGAGGAGCCCGUGGAGUUGGCGCCCUAUGCAUCGGCGGUGGGAUGGGAAUAGCAAUGUGCGUCGAGAGGCAAUGAAUGGAGGAGAGGGCUGGCAGCAGGGGCCCCAGGUGUGAAUGAAGGGCAGGGAGGACAGAUCACAUCCUUUGUGUCGUCACCGGCCUUGCCCGUCAACACACUGGCCCAGAGGUUCGCAGCUAUGCCUUUGCUGGGUGAAAAAGGCAAAGAACAAACACAAAGAUCAGAGCCUAGAGCACAGCAGGCCCUUCAGCCCACCUUGUCUAUGCCAACCCACACUAAUCCCAUUUCCCUUUAUUUGGGCUGAAG